AUACAGGGAAACGAAGCAGACAUCGUCCUAGUCUCUGUCGUCCGGUGCCGCGACCCCGGGUUCCUAUGCUCCGACCAGCGAAUGAAUGUCAUGCUCAGACGAUGUCGACGAGGUCUUGUUAUUAUCACGAGCCGCAGUUUCCUCUCGGGACCCGGGCAGUCAACCCUCGUCGGGAAACUAGCUCGU